CCAUGAACUGAGCUUGACGCACUUGCAUCUCUUUCCUUUACUUCAUCCGAUUUCCAGCUUGACGAUUGGCAUAGAUUGCCCGCUGCACCUCGUGGGAAGCUGGUUCUUCCUAAAAGUAUUUGUUCUAAGCCUAUCAUUCUAUUCCAUUUCAUCAUCUCACGCUUCACGGUGACUCGAUCCUGCAAUAUGUCCCUAGAAUUCUCCUACUAUCGGCCUUCCACCCCCCCUGCAAUGCACUUCCAAGAGUUCAUCGGGAUGGGCCAUAGCCGCAACACUUCCGAUUCUUCCGCAUACUCCAGCAGUUCAUCGCCUUGGUCGGCCAUCACCUCAGCCACCAGCCCAAUCAUCGAUUCGCCUCCCCGGCAUCACCAUGGGCCUACUCUGCUCCCAAAGAUCAGACCACAGGAUGUUGUCAUUGAGCCUGCUCCCACCAGCGGCUCACAGCGUCAACGGCGAGUGCUGUCAAAUACUCGAAACCCCCCAGGUUUCCUGCCGCCUCUUUCCAGCCGCAGAUCUAGCCAGCGCCAUGAGGCCUCGGAGUAUAUUGCCCUGGAGUCUCCGGCAUCUACCUCGCCGACCUAUAUCACGCACCAUGGCUCGGCAUUGUCCUCGCCCGUGAGUGUGACACCGUCGCAGAAGCGCAAGACCACCAGCGGGCAUUCUCGAUCGGUGUCUGCCUCCCAGGUUGACAAUUCAAGACCGAGCCGGGGCGGUAAUCCCGCAUACCGGCAGGCCCUGAGAUAUGCCUCCCAGCCCCAGUGCUCUCCCACGGCACCAACGACCCCGGUCACGCCAAAUAUCAUAGUAUAUCCGCCUUGCGCGCAACAGUCGCCCGUUGAGCCCUCCUACUCGAGGGUGUGGCCUCCGCUCCAGGUGCCUCUCAUGCUCCCUGGAUCACCCUACGGAUAUGUACACUCGAGCGCCCAAUGCUCUCCUGUCGGUCUUGUCCACCCGGCCGAGGCGACGAACUCGACCACCUUGCUUUCUUAUUUGACCGCUCCGACGCAAGCCGUGAACCUUGUUCGCAAUGUGAGCGUGAUCCCCACGCGGGGACUGCACGACUACUUUUGGUGGGAUGUGCGAAACCUGCGCAGUUGGACCUCGUUCUCUUUGGCCACUUUCAACUCGAUCAAUGGGCUCCCAAAGCUUUUGAAGACCGCGAUCCCCUCGCACCUGACUCCUUUCAAUAUCCUCCCCAGCGCUUAUUUGUCCCCGGACUCCGAGCCUGGUCUGGUCAGUGUCAUCCGAGAAAUCUACGCACCUCGGGUGAACGCAGCACUGGCGGUCUCCCAAGGCCCGGAGCAUCUGACCCUUUACGCCGUCCCUAUUCCGCGCGCUUCCCCCAACAAGAACUACGGCGGGCCGCAUUUCCUUGCCAAUUACGCGUCGGACACCGAGCGGACAAGUACCGGUCUCCCCCGAGGCCGGGUCGUGGGUAUUGUCAAGACCUUUGACCGUUGGAACACGGGGAUGCGCAACGAAACACCCCACCACCGGGUGGAGUAUCUGAACGGACUGGCACACCUGCAACGCUGCAUGCGCGAGCACUCCUGUCGAUACGGCUUCAUCCUCACAGAAAUCGAGCUGGUCUGCGUGCGGGCCGGCUGCGACGAAGGCGACGAUGUCCCCUACUUCGGCUUCCUGGAGCUUUCUGCUCCGAUCCCAACCAAGCUCGCCGUCGGCCAGCACGGAAACGCCCCCGGACAGUAUCCAGGGACCUAUGGCUAUCGGCACUCGCCCACGCCAUCCACCGACAGCUCCCUGGCAAGCCAAUCUCCCGUGAUGGACAGCUUUCCCAUGUCAAGCCCGGAUGAACUAGACGUGCCCAUGACCGCCAGCAUGGCUUUGUACUUCCUGCUGAUGCUGUCCAAGUCUGUCCCCUUGCCUUCGCAGCCGUCUGCGCACCUCAACGUGGGAGGACCGGGAGCGUUGACGCGACAGCGCAUCCUACCGGAGGGGAAAGAUAAAUGGAUCCCCGAGCCGCAGAUCGGGGAGCGUCGGGACGCCAAACGCGUGCGAGGCUGGGUCUGGCCGCAGGAUUCCUGGCAUCGCCGGGAGGGGGGAGGAGCGCCGCGUUCGCGGGCGAUGACUCUCGAACCGCGGCCGAAGAAAUGGCAUAAAUAGGGCUGGCU